AUGUAUUCUAAUUAAGACCCAGAAGAAUAAUUUGAGCUUAAUGAAUUGAUUGGAGAAGGUGCUUAUGCAAAAGUUUAUAAGGGGAAACAUAAGAAUGGCUAAAUUGUAGCUAUAAAAAUAGUUCCUUCUACUGGUGAAAUACAAUCAUUAAUUAAGGAGAUCUAGAUCUUAAAAGUAUUAUCAUUUAUGUAUUUAGGAAUGUUAACAUGCCCAUAUAGUACAAUAUUAUGGUUCCUUUUAUAAAGAUGGAAAUUUAUGGCUUGUUAUGGAAUAUUGUGUAGGAGGGUCAAUUAUUGAUUUAUUGAAAAUUACUUAAAAAACAUUAACUGAAUCAGAAAUUGCUGCUAUUCUAUAUCAUGUUCUACUUGGAAUUGAAUAUUUGCAUGCAAAUAAAAAAAUUCAUAGAGAUAUCAAAGCUGGAAAUAUUUUAUUGGAUGAGAAAGGAACAAUUAAAAUAGCAGAUUUUGGAGUAGCUGCACAACUUAUCUAUACAAAUGCAGACAAAGUAUUUUUAUUCUAAUAAAAAGGGUACAGUAAUAGGCACCCCUGUUUACAUGUCUCCUGAAGUUAUAUCUAAGAAUCGAUAUAACCAUCUAACGGAUAUUUGGUCUUUGGGAGUGACUGCAAUUGAACUUGCAGAAGGAAAGCCUCCAUAUUCUCACAUUCAUCCUGUAAGAGCGAUGUUUGCAAUUAAAAACAACCCACCUUAGGGUUUAACCAAUCCUGAAAAGUGGUCUAAAGAAUUUAACGAUUUUGUAAAAUCUUGCUUAAAAGUACAAGUCUCAGAAAGACCUACUGCUUAAUAAUUACUUUAGUCUCCAUUUAUUAAAUAAGGCAAACAAGACUAAAAGAAAUUAGUAAAUCUCAUUGACAACUUUCUCAACUAAAUUGAUGAGUAUAGAUAAUCAAAAACAUAAGGAAAUGUAGAAAAAAUUUAAACCUUAAUCUCUAAACAAGAAGAUAGUGAAGAUGAAGAAUAAUCAUGUGGAACUGUUGUGGAAUGUGGAACACUUGUGAUUAAAGAAGAAGAAGCUUAAAGUAAAAGUAAAAGUGAAAAGGAAUUAGAUUUUGUUACUUAUGCUAAAAAAGAAAAAAUUAUUAAUGAAAUAAUUGAUGAAUAAUUAAGUGAUGAGUAAUAAAUGGAAAAUAUGAAUUAAGAUGAGAGAAAGAAGUUUUUGGCAUUUUUGUAAUCACAAAUGGAAGAAGAAAUUUCAAAAGUAAAAUAAAAGUAUAUGCCUAAAAUUGAUAUGCUCACUCAAAAAAUUAAAUAAAAUGAAUCCCCAGAAUUGCCAAAGUUGUAAGAAUAUAUUCCUUAAAGUAAGCAACAGGAAUAUAUUCCUUAGAAUAGGCAAUAGGAAUACAUUAAACAAUAGGAAUACAUACCUUAGAGUAAAUAAUAGGAAUAUAUAAUAUAGAGUAAACAAUAGGAAUAUAUUCCUUAAAGUAAAUAAUAGGAAUAUAUUCCUUAGAAUAAACCUCAGCAAUUGAUUUAAACUCAAUAAUCUCAAUUAAUCCAAUAAUAAUAACCAUAAAAAAUUGAAGUAUCAGUUCCAUUUCAAGUCAAUCCAGAAGUUUUAUAAAAAUUAUCAAAUAUGAAAAUCCCUCAAAUAAAAAUAUAGAAUGUAAGUUCUCCAACAGCAUAGUUAAGAUCUAAUCCUAAAUAAAAAGUAAAGCCUGAGUAUUUAGUAAAAUAAAAUAUUAAUUCUAAUUAUUGA